ACAUGCAAACUAAACGGACAUUGGAGCACCAACACGGGGAAUGUCCUGCCGCAGCUCCUGCUUCUCCUGCCCUGGAAACUAAAGUGACUCCGAAGUGACACAGACGUUUCCCCUCCUGCUUUUGCUGUUCUGCUGUGUUUACGGGAAGUUGAGUGGAAUAUAACCUGAAACUUCGCCAUUGCUCGGACCUUAAAAAAGAUACCCACGAUGGGACCUCGGUGCAGAGCCUAACAUAAGUGUCCCAAAUAAGACUUUCCAGCUUCAGGACAGGAUAUGAUUUAAUCGGAGUGGGCAGAUGGCCUUAAAAGCAUCAGUUAUUUUCACUGACAGUUACGUAACACGAAUACUCCGCCACUCUCUGGGAAUCUACUGAGAGGCUACUUUCACCUCGUCUCUCCCGGUUUUGUCCACCUCCCUGCUGCGUCAUUAGUUAGAUGUUCCUGCUUGUGUUUACAGGCCUAGCACUUGCCUCUCUUGCUCAUCAUGACUGAUGAACUGGGCAAUCUACUCUAGAAUUAGCACCUUGGCUGUUUACCUGCCCAGCCUCGUUCAUCAUGCUCUGUCCGUAUUGGAUGUGCUUGAAUUUAACCACUGACCAUAAAGCCUGCAGGGCCGUUUUCUGACGUUGAGUUGAAUUAUUCCUCUCUCAAAGUCUGUAAUGAAGCCUUAGCUCUUGUUAAACUGCCAGUCUGGAAAACAGCAGGAGGACAUAUUGACUAAUGGGCUUGGCUUUGGGGUUGUCUUUGUACAACUGUUGACCUAUGACCCCCCGCCUUCACUCGUCCGCACCCGCCCUAACAACAGCCCUAAGGUUUAUCUGACGGUGGAAGGAAACUUGAGCUGAAGGACCAGAAUGGCUGCACACAUUAAACACCUGGAUUUAUACUUUCUUUGACAAAACCUCAGCCAAAUAAGUUUGGAAGGAACUCCUCUGAACUCCUACAGAAGCUAGCUCCAUUUCUCUCUGUGGAUUAUAAGUAACAGACUGCCAUCAUGCCGAUCCUCAAGCAGCUGGUGAACAACUCUAACCAGUCCAAGAGACGGUCCCGCGCAGACCUGACCGCCGAGAUGAUCAGCGCUCCAUUGGGCGACUUCCGCCACACCAUGCACGUUGGCCGCGGAGGAGACGCCUUCGGGGAUACUUCGUUUCUGAGCACCCGAUCAGGGGAACCUCCCAGGGAGCCGGAACCUAAGCAGAGCUCCCCGGUGCCCAAACCAGGUCUGCUGUCCCGCACCUUCAGAAGCAGCAAGCGCUCUCAGUCAGUAAACCGGGGCGACAAAUAUGAGUACACCAUGACGGGGCCUUCUGGUGGUUCGUCGGCCUAUGUCAAAAACGCCAUAUCCAUGCCUUACCUAAACGAAGAGGAUGGGAACCGAGGCCAACGACUGCCGAAGAGCGUUUCCUCCAGCCCCAUGAAGAGACUGUCGGAGAUCGAGAAGCCAUCCAACGGAGCCGCAGCCAUGGCGACGCUGGAUGCAGAGUUUGAAGAGCGCAAUUUCGGCGAACUUACCGAUUUGCCUCCAUUCAUGCCCAAGGGAGGCGGAAUGAAGCACGCGGAGUCCAUGAUGUCCUUCAACAUCGACUUGGGGCCCUCAAUGCUCGGGGACAUCUUGAGCGUGAUGGAAAAGAAAGGCUGGGAGGAGGACGACCUCGGCUACGAGGAGGGCGAGGGCCGGGCGUCGCCUUCCCUCAUCCCCCACAUAGAUGAUGAUGACGCAGAGGAAAAGGCCCCUUCCAGGCCCCCCCGCACCAUGUACCAGCAGAAGCCCGUGGUGGAGCCCUACACCCCCGAGCUGCACCCCAGGAACAACCACCACAACCUGGACAGCUGCUCCGUGUCCAGCGCCGGCUCCGCCACCGAGGAGAAACCGCAGUUCCACGACAACGACACGGACAGUGCCAAGUACAGCUCGCCACGUGGGGAGGAAGACCGAGAAUUCACCUUCAUGGAUGAUGACGAUGAUGAGAUUCGAGUGUAGAUGUUUUACCUAUCACUGCCACGAACAGUCUUGAAGGACACUAAUGUAAAAGCCCAAGCUGGAAAAGGGCAGUGGAGGGAUUAAGAAGCAGGGCCACAUCUGCUUUAAGCUUCUUGUAGAUCAAUCUAAUCUCUGCCCACUUUGUUCUACAUCAUAAAUAAAAACCAAUUAAGCCUUAUUCACCGUGCUGUUGCAAGGAGAUAUGAGCCAAGAGCGUGUCAGACUGGCUCACAAAGUGAAACUCUCGCAAAGUUUGGGUUAAUUUGCAACACCAGACUCUGAACUUAUUGAGGAAUUCUCCAUUUUAUAAUAAGACUGGCUCGGAACCGUGUCCUUCUCAAAGGUGCAUUGCUCGUUUUAAUAAGUAAAGGGCGGCAAUAUGGUUAAAGAGCCCUAACCCCAGCUGUCAAUCAAAUGAAUAUCACAUUUGGGGUAUGUUACGUAAUGUGAGGAGAAGGAUACGUGAAGUCACAAGCCAGAUGUGGACGUGUGCUACAGAUUCUGAAGAAGAAAGAGGGAAAGAGAAAUAAGUGGAACUCUGAUAGCUUUGUAAUGUGUGGGAGUGAUCAUGGAGCUCAUUUUGCCAUAUCUUGGCAUAGACACUAAAUAGAUAAAGUAGGUUCCUACUUUUGUCCAAGUGUGACUUUAAAGGGUGAUUAUUUUGUACUUUAUAAUAUGUAAAUAGAGUAUCUGGAAGUUGGUCUACAGUAGCUCUCUUGUAUUUGAGUUUGGUAGUUUACCAUUUUGCCCCCGUCUCUCUUUUAAAUCGCUCUUCUUUAAAUCCAUAGAGAGCUGUGGUAUUUAUUCAACAUGUUUUGUAAGGGAUGGAUCAUACUAAAUGUGCACUGCGAGGUCUUAAAAGUUUAGAUUUCAAGGUUCUCUGAUACGUUGAAUUUCUUACAAAAACGUCUUAACUGAACUAAAGAGUUAGCCAGCUUCUUUACGUUGAAGUCGGCUGCCUAGCACUUACAUAUUGGAUUCAAUUAGACAUUAAAGUGUCUAAGUCACAUCACUCCUACUGUCACUGUCAUGGUAAGGCUGUACUAGCUCACAAAAUGUCAUGUACUUUCUUUCAACAACAAUACAGAAGUUGUGUUUAUUUUUGUAUCUUCACAACUCAUUCCACAUCAUCACUCAGAUGUGUAUGAUAGGCAGGUCAAAGAGAGGCAUGAAAGCGUUUGAAAGGGAGUUGUCGCUGUAGACAAAUUGUUAUAUUCAAAUGAAUAGUUAGGGCUCUAUCCAAAACACACAUCCUCUCUCUAGACAUGUGUUCAGGCGCGUCUCUAAGGGAAGAGAGAGUGUGUUAUUAGAGCGCAGCUACUUAAUAAAGCAUCAGGAAUGUCCCCGGCAGCGUCAGAUAUUUCCUAAACUGGCCCCACAAGUGAUACCUCCUGUACACAACCAAAUCACACGGUAGGAACACAUGAUUAAAUGAACCCAUCAUCUGG